GUCGCUGAUCAGCUAUCUGGUGUCUUUCCGAUUGAUACAUUCAGCGUUUUUUUAAUAGCAUCAUGGUGAUACUACCACGGCUUACGGUGGCGCUCGCCGCGGUGGUGACCGUCCUGCCAGGCUUGGUCCAGACUCAGGACUUUUGCCCCGGCCGAUGCUCAGAUGCUGGCCCUGAUACCGACAAGUGGUCGGUCUAUCCCAAUUUCAACCUCAUUAAGAGGUGCAAAGAGACCGUAUUCUAUGGCUUCAACCUGUACGACUCUGUCGACGAUAGAGGUUCCAGCCAUCGCAUCGCCGCCUGCACAUCCUUUGGCUCAGACUUUGACAACAUGGAGGCCACACCGGCCACGGCCAGGAUCUCCUCGAGUGCUGAAUUGGCCGGGCCUACCCAAGUCAAGUUUGAGCUCGGCUCGUUCGAAGAGGGAUUUGGCCUCGCUGUGGCCGGAAUCACUGCUCUUGCUAAGCAAAUGCGAGAAUAUAUCGACAAGGGCCAUGCCGACACCACGGACAGACCUUUCAUCCUCUACGGACGCGCUGGCCAAGCCAGCAUUGGCGUCUACAUCGGCCAGGGCCUACUGCGCCAGAGCUUCGGCGAGUCUGCCCUGCGAACGUUUGAGGACAACUUUGAUAAACUCAAUCUCACCUCGCCUAGCUUGGCCAUGCAGCUGUGCGAUGACAAAUCUAUCAGCACUCACAUCUUCGGCGUCGUCGUCACUAGCAAUGCCACCUUCGCUCCUAUCCAGAACGCGAUCCGAUCAUGGGCUGAUGCCAAGUGCCUGUCUUUCAGCGAGUCGCGAGACUUUCCUGGCACAGUCACCUAUACCGCUCCCGUGAUCGAUGGCCGCUUGGCCAACUCUACCACGGGAAGCAACUCUACCACGAAGGCAAGAUCUGCAAGAGCCCACUCCCAUGCCCACUCCCAUGUCCCUCUUCAUGGAGAUGCAAACAUCCUUCAGGAGCGUGCCGAGUGCAGGUCGAUCCAGGCCCAGUUUGGUACCGGCUGCCCGGAGCUGGCGGCCAUGUGUGGAAUCUCGGCCAACGACUUCACAAAGUACAAUUCAGAUCUCAAGUGUAACGAUGUCAAGCCCAAGAUGUGGGUUUGCUGCUCCAGCGGUACCCUCCCCGACAGGCGGCCCAAGCCAGUCAACGGCAAAUGCUUUUCGUAUACUGUUCAGGACAACGACAACUGUGACAACCUCGCCGCCGAGUACGGUCUGACCCGAAAGGAGCUCGAGGGGUUCAACAAAAAUACAUGGGGAUUCUCAGGUUGCGAACCUCUCUUCUCAAAGGUCGUUUUGUGUCUCAGUGAGGGAGAUCCCCCCUUCCCCAACGCUAUCGAGAACGCCAAGUGCGGCCCUCAGAAACCGGGAUCUAAGCCUCCCACCGAUGGCUCCGACAUUGCUGACAUGAACCCGUGUCCCCUCAAUGCAUGCUGCAACGUCUGGGGUCAGUGCGGAGUUAACAGGGACUUUUGUAUUGACACUAAUACCGGCCCUCCUGGCACUGCCAAGAACGGCACAUAUGGCUGUAUCUCCAACUGCGGUGUUGAUAUUGUCAAGGGAACUGGAAACGGUGGCAUUAAGCUUGUCUACUUCCAGGGCUAUGGUCUGGGCCGUAAGUGCCUCUACCAGGACGCUCUCCAGAUUGACGCGUCGAAGUACACUCACCUUCACUUUGGUUUCGGCACCCUCACCCCAGCUCCAAACUUUGAGGUCGAAGUCGGCGACCCGCUCGCCACGUACGAGUUUCAAGAGUUCACACGAAUCCAAGGACCUAAAAGGAUUCUUUCCUUCGGUGGCUGGGCUUUCUCCAACGACGAUGCUACGUACCGGAUCUUCCGCGAGGCUGUCACGCCUGCUUAUCGUGUAAAGGCCGCGAAGAGUAUUGCUGACUUUAUCAACAAGCACGAGCUUGAUGGUGUGGACAUCGACUGGGAGUACCCUGGUGCACCAGAUCUUCCUAAUUUGUCUGACCCCGGUACGGAGGCAGAUGGGCCUAACUAUCUCGCUUUUCUUGCCGUCCUCAAAAAUCUGCUUCCCGGCAAGACAGUAGCCAUCGCCGCCCCUGCAUCGUACUGGUACCUGAAACAGUUUCCGAUUGAAAAGAUUAGCAAGGUAGUUGACUAUAUCGUUUACAUGACCUACGAUCUUCACGGCCAGUGGGAUGCGCACAAUGAGUACUCUCAGGAGUACUGUGAAUCUGGCAACUGUCUUCGGAGCCAAGUCAAUCUUACUGAGACCCGACAAUCGCUCGCUAUGAUUACUAAGGCUGGCGUUCCUGGCAACAAGAUUGUUGUCGGUGUCACCAGCUAUGGGCGCUCGUUCCAAAUGGCCGAAGAGGGCUGUUGGGGCCCCAACUGCAAAUUUACUGGCGACAGGCUCACCUCGUACGCCACGCCCGGUAGGUGUACCGACACUGGAGGCUACAUCGCCGACGCCGAGAUCAACGAGAUUAUCCGAGGCAGUGCCAACGGCAAGCGUCAGAACAGCCGCGUCACGAAGCAGUUUCUGGACACGAGCAGCAACAGUGACAUCCUCGUCUACGACAACAACCAAUGGGUCGGCUACAUGAGCGAGAGCACAAAGGCCGUCCGCACGAAGCUGUACGCCAGCCUUGGAAUGGCUGGCACGACAGACUGGGCCAGCGAUUUGCAAGAGUUUAACGAUCCUCCUAAGCCAGCUAAGGACUGGGACUCCUUCAUCUCUAUUGCGAGCGCGGGCGGUGAGCCCAAGAAGGACAGUACUACUAUUGGCAAGUGGCGAGAGGGCUCUUGUGAGUCCGAAUAUGUCAAGAAACAGUACAAUUACGAUCCCGAUAAACGUUGGAAGGAGCUCGACGCCGCUUCUGCAUGGAACGAGAUUAUCGUCAAGUGGACCGGAACUGAUAAGGGCCGCCUCUCCUUCAUGAAAUCGGUGGAGCAGACUCUCCUCGCUGGCGGCAAUAUGGGCUGCCAGUUUCUUGGAGGUACUGCUGAUAACUGCGAUUCGCGAUGGGAAUGCCCAGAUGGCGCCAACGGCCCCGAUUCUGGACCGGCGGCCUACGUUAUCUGGCAGUCCCUCAUCCAGGUCCAUCGUAUGUUCCACACCUACUACGAUGGUCUCAGCGACAUGAGAGGAGGCGUCCAGACUACCAUCAGACGAAUGGAAAAUGUCUUCGCGCCGAUUCCUGACCCUGAAACCAACCAGUGGUUGAACGUCAUGAUCGAUUUCCUGACCAUCGGGGCUCUUGGCGGCGCAGCGCCCUUCUUCAACGGCGUCUUAAAGAAUCUUCCCGCCUUUGCCAAAGAAGGCAGCACCCUAUUCGACAACACCAAAGAUACGGCGCUGAACAUGAUAGGCCAGGGCACAACGCUAGCUAAGGAUCUGCUUCAGGCUCCCACGGCAGACAAAUGGUCCCCAACUGAGCAAAAGGACUUUUCCGACUACGCCUCACAGGCUGUAUUUGGCUGGAUGAACAGCACCACCCUGUCCCUCAGGAAACUCUUUAACGGCGAGCGUGCCUCGCUCGACGCUCUGACCUCCAUCAUCAAAGACGGUAGAAUGCUGCCUGGUGCAGACCCCGAUGAUACGGAGAGUAAUAAUGGGGCGAUAGACAUCGAGGCGACGGCCCGCAAGACAUUCUUUGCCUACGCCAUCCCCGGCCUGUGGCGCCGGUCCGAGCAGUACGCGUUUAUUCUCGAUUCGGGAGAAGGCUGCAGCGGCAACCCGGCGAGCAAGUACGUCGACGACGACACCGCCAACGCCACUUCGGCCUGUGUCAAUGACAGAAUGUACUACUUAGUUGCGCCCGAGGGUGACGCCAAUGAGUGCGAGUGCGAGAGAGCCACCGAUAUGGGCCCCUGCCAGACCGUCUGUCGGAACCAAAAGUUCUCCGCGCCCAAGGGCAUCGGCUCUCUCACGGACGACGACUUUGGCAAGCUGACAAGGGACGACAUCAUCAAGGGCGCCCUGGCCACGUACGGCUACAAUGGCAGGGAGAACAAGAUCAUCAACAUCACCGAAAUGGCCGACGAGAAGAACGUCCGCGAGAAGCUGCUCGGCCUCGACUCCUCGACACCGGGCCUCAUCCAGCUGCCCGUGUGCAGCCCCAGCCGCGCGUGGCAGGCCUGGCACACGGGCUCCAAAGGCGGGUCAGACCACUACCCCUGCGACAUCUUCCCCGGCAAGGAUCACUGCGGCGACUCGUCGUUUGAGAACCAAGGCAGCGACCCGUCGCCCCUCGUCGACGACUGCAAGCAGAUCAUCCGGAACAUCGAGGAGGACGCCUCGACCGAUUGGACGCACGGCAUCACGGGUCAACGCGAGAUCCUCAAGUUCGGCUCGUGCGCGUUCGGCAUCAAGCGCACUGGCGGCACUGGCGGCGCGGUGCAGUUCAGGGUGGGAGGCCAAGAUGUCAUCGAUGUCAUCAAUGAAUCCAUCAAGCGUUUUGCCAGUAAUGAUCGGAUUGGUGCAAAGGGCGUUUUUGAGUGCUCUGGAACGACAGUCAACACGAAGGUGAAUGUCGAGUGGGGUAUCUAUUAACGUAUGUGUAGAGCGAGCUGCGCGGAGGGGCGAGCUG